AUGUUUCUAGAUGAUAAAUCUAUUAAAUAUAAAAAAGUUAACAAUCAUAUUGAUUUAUUAUCAUCUACAUUAAAAGGAAAUGUUAUCAAACAAGCAGCAUCGAAACUUUUACAACAUGUAACAUUAAAUAAAAAUUUUUAUUAUCUAACACAAAAUAUUAAUGGAAAUGCAUUUGAUGAUUAUCAUACAUCAUCAAAUUAUAUUCAACAAAAUAAAAAAGAAUUUCAACGAACAGAUAAAUGUAAUUCAUGGUUAUCAAAAUUUCCUACAAAAAGUGAUACAUCUCUUAAUCAAUUACCUAUAUUUAUUAAAUCUUCAUUAUAUAAACAUCAAUCACGUGAUUAUUUAUCACCUAUUGAUAUUUAUCCUCAAACUAAAUAUUCAAAUAUUUCAAUGAAUCAAUCUCAUUAUAUGCCUUUACAAUUUCAUUCAAAUCCGAUUAUAUUAUCAAGUAAUGCUAUUCCGAAUGAUAUUAAUCCACAAUAUGAACCAUUUUCUCAACCUCUUAUGGUGAUACAUAAAAAACGUCUUCGUCGUGAUUAUUUUCUGUCUACAAUGCAAAAUUGUAUACAACCUCCAUAUAGUCAAAAUCACUUUUAUGCAUUUGAUCAAAUAAAUAUGCUUAAACUACAACGUAAUCUUCAUACAAAUAAUUAUGAAAAAGAUAAUAAUCAACCUCAUCAUCUUCGAAAUUAUGAUUCAGAUUUAAAACGAAAAUAUUUUGAAAUUUAUAAUGAUGAUAAAUCACAAUGUCAUUGUUCAGAUAUUCAAUAUGAUCAAAUAUCUUUAUCUAAAAAACAACAUUUAUCUUCUCCUAUUGAACAAUCUUCAUCAAAAAUAAUUGAUCAUAUAAAUAUAAAUAAAUAUCAUGAUGAAUUAAAAAAUUCAUUUAUAUUUAAUGAAAAAUUUGAAAAAGAUUUAACAAAAGAAAAUCAAACAUUAGAACAAUCAAAUAUAAUUAUAUCACAUUUAGAAAAAAUUUUAAAUUUAUGCGGAGAAUUACGAACAUUAGCUAAAGAUGUAGAAAAUCAUCUUAAUGAUAAAACUAUAUCAUCAAAUAUGAUUAAUAAUAAAAAUCCAAUAGAUAUACCUGAAUCUGAUCAAACAACAACAGUAACAAUUGAUAUUCAACAAACAAUAAAUGAUAUUAAUGAAAAAAAUGCAUCACCACCAUAUCAACUUACUAAUGAUACAUUAUCAAUACAUUCUGAAAGUAAUAAAUCUCAUCCAUUCAUGCAAACAGAAUCAUUUAAAACCAAAUCACCUAGUCUAACAACUUCACAUACAACAUUACGUAGAUCUGAAGAUAUUUGUUCAUGUUUUUUAAAAUCAUUUUUUGAUAAACAAAAUUGUGAUUUAAAUAUUGAUGAACAAGAAUAUUUAAAUGAACUUACAAAAGCUUAUUUACUUGGUAAACAACAAAUACUUAAAGAACAACAAGAGGAAAAUAAUAAAUUUCAAAUAUUGAAAAAUGAAACUCUUCCAGGAAAACAACAAGAAUCUAAUGAUCUAUCAUCUUUAGUAUUUGAUACUAAUAAUAAUAAUCAAUCAAUCACACCUCCUAGUCCAUCAUCUAUUUUAUUCUAUAAUAACUUUCAAAAGUUAGAUAAUCCUCUAUCAUCUAUACCGAAUAAUUCAACAAUUUCAUUAGUUGAAAAUGAUCAACAACAACAAUUAUCUACUCCAUCUGGGAUGAUUAGUUCUAAACAUGAAAUAUUUAUUAAUGAACCAAUUGCAAUGAAAACAACAAAUGUCUUACCUGGUAUUGGAAUUAAAUAUGCUCAACAAUUAGCUGAAUAUGGUUUUACAACAGUACGACGUUUACUUGGUUUUUAUUUAAUGAUUAAAGAUGAUCAACAUUUUGUCAUUUGGCUUAAUAAUAAAGUAGGAAUAUCAAUACAUUCAGCUUGGUUAUGUACAAAUGCACUUCGAGCUUGGUGUGAACAAGAAAAAAUAAUUUUUACAGCAGUUAUCUCUUUCUUUUUCUCUUAUUUACGUGAUGUAUUUGAUGAUGCUAUUCGUGCAUUAGAAAAAGAAAAUUUUCUUGUUGCAACUAAUCAUACUAUUCGAAUUGUUACAUUCGAGAUCAUACAUAGGAGCGAAGAAGAAGCAUCUUUAUUAGAUUUAUCUCAACGUAUUGAACAAGCACAAACACCUGAUGAAUUGCGUGAAUUAAUACAACACAUCUAUUCAUUGAUUGAUGAGACCAAAGAAAGUAUUAAACAAGCAGAAGGUAAAAAUAUACAAGCGUUAGAUGAUACACUAAAACAAUUUCAAUCUUAUUUGGAAACGAUCCUGGAUCGUGUUGAUAAAAUUCUCGAUGAAAACUUAUCAAAUUUAAAUGAUGACGAUGAUGAUGAUGAUGGUUUUCUUUUUUUUCGUGCUUUUUUGUGUGUAAAUGAAGUUAUGUAUUUAUUUAAUUUAAUGAAAAAAAAUCAAAUAAAAAUAUUUGGUCUAUAA